AUGGGAAGUUUUGUGGUGCGUAAGUGUCGCCUUCUUGCUCUCAUAUUUUCCAUCUUUUCCCUCGCCUUGACGGGGUUGACGUUUUUAACACCAAUAUUCGAAGCACAAGGCGAGAGGCCCGGCAUCAUUACAUUAUGGAAGUAUGAUAUGGAAGAUAUAAGCGAAAGCGCUGAUGGAGGUGAAGAGAAAAACAUAAAUAUUAGUAACAGCAUUAAUAAAAACGGCACGAGUCGUGCCACUAAGGCUGAUGAUAGCGUUGGUAAAAGAAAGAAGGAUCAGCCACAUGAAAACGAAGCGGGCGAUACGGAUGACAUCAUUCUCUAUGAGGAUUACUUUACAUGCAACUAUGGCCGUUUCCACAUUCAGGUAGUGGAGGGCCUGAGUAUUGUGGCUGCUUCGCUUAACUUUAUGAACUUUUUCAUGUGUAUUUUCUUCUUCGGUACGCAUAGUUUCCUGAGGGUACCGCUCGUGACGUAUUUUCUGUUGGCGGCGUGCUGCAGUGGUGUGGUGUUUGGUCUCCUUUUGGAUUGGUACAAAAAUGAAUGGUGUGACUCACAACCGUGCCUCAGUUGCUUAGAAGAAGAUGGUUGGCAAUUGGGAUAUGGAUGGAUGUUUCUUGUGGCCUCAUCCAGUUUCUCAUUUGUAGGCGCCAUUACUGCCAUCAUUUCCAGCUAA